AUGGUCACCAACUACUCAUACAAGUACUUUAUUGUACACCUCCCUUCUGACCACCCCUACGUCGCACAUGUGGAGAUCAACCGACCCGAUAAGAUGAACGCCUUUUUCGAGGCCAUGUGGCUCGAAAUGGCUCAAGUCUUCAACGCGCUCUCACACGACCCAUCCGUUCGCGCCAUUGUUCUCUCUGGCGCAGGAGAGAAAGCCUUCACAGCCGGAUUAGACGUCCAUGCCGCCUCUCAGGGUGAGCUAUCUUCUGGAUCAGAGGAUAUCGACGGGGCCCGUAAAGCGGCCCAUUUACGACGCCAUAUUGGCACGUUCCAAGACUCCAUCACGGCCAUCGAACGCUGCGAAAAGCCCGUCAUCUCUGCCGUGCAUGGCUUCGCGCUGGGCCUGGCUAUUGAUAUCAGCGCAGCUACUGACAUCCGGGUUUGUGCGCAGGAUACACGCUUUUCAGUGAAGGAGGUGGAUAUUGGAUUGGCGGCUGAUAUCGGGACUUUGAGUCGGCUUCCCAAGAUAGUGGGGAAUAAUGGGUGGGUGAAGGAAGUUGCCUUGACGGCGAAGAUCUUUGGAGCAGAGGAGGCGAAGAGCGUGGGAUUUGUGAAUUCAGUGUAUGACAACAAGGAGGCUACGGUGAAGGCGGCCUUGGAGUUGGCGAAGUUGAUAGCCGGGAAGAGCCCCGUUGCAGUGCAAGGGACAAAGGAGAUUUUGAAUUGGUCAAGGGAUCAUUCAGUUCAGGAUGGUCUCCGAUAUACGUCGGUAUGGAAUAGUGCAGCUUUGCAGACAAAGGAUGUCUCUGCUGCCUUGCUGUCAGGGAUUCAGAAGAGGAAGCCGACAUUUGAGAAACUGUAA